ACCUCAUUACCAUCAUCCUCAUCUUCAUCACAACAACUACAAUACACUCAAACACACUUCAAGACCUUCCAGUCUACUCAACCACACGUUCACAAUGGAGAGUGCCAAGCAGGCCAUCAACUACGUCUCUGAGACCAUCCAGGGCGCCGCCUCUGGUGCCAGCAAGGAGGCCAACAAGGAGGUCGCCAAGGACAGCAACGUCAACGUCGGCACUCGCCUGUCUGCCGCCAAGGACGCCGUUGGCGACAAGGUCGACCAGACCACCCACGAGAACAAGGCUGAGGCCCACAAGCAGUACGCCAAGGCCUAAGUGCCAUACUACGUCGAAGCCAGCGAUUAGGCAUGGAGUUUGGCGAUCGGAAACGGUCCAAGACCGCGGUCGGAUCCGUCACAUGUAUACCCUAGAUAUUAUCACAAAUUAAUGGAAGUGUAAAACACAUCCCAUGAAAUGGUGUGAUGUGGUG